AUGCCAUCAGUAAUUUCUGAUGUCACGGUCACCGCUGCUGAUGCUGCGAGCGUCGUCGGGCCUGAAGUGCCAUCCAAGAACGGGCGUUUCAGGAAGCUCACUAAUAGCGCGACCUGGCAUCCUGGCACUCAUGAUCACCCUAGGAGCUCGAGUCCUUCGGGUAGCUCUACCGACUCUAUGAACCAAAGCUUCAACGUAAACGUCGGGGACGGAUGGGACCGACCUAUUCCCAACGGCGUUUUCGGCGCUUAUGAAACCGAGGCGGGGGGGCCGCGGUCUCGCGCCUACGCCAGGAUACAGACUUGGGGAGACGACCCUAAGACAGCACAGUUCCCUCGCAUAUCAAAGAGCGUGGAGCUUAUGCGCCACUCCUAUGACUGCGUUGUCAUCGGCUCUGGGUAUGGCGGUGGCGUCGCCGCGUCUCGUAUGGCCCGUGCUGGCGAAUCCGUGUGUCUGCUCGAACGCGGCAAGGAGCGAUGGCCUGGCGAGUAUCCCGAGGACACAGGUGACGCCAUGAAACAGGUCCACUACUCCGGCGAGUUCACGCCCAGAUGGCUACCCGGGAAGGUCGUUGACGGUGGCGAUCCUACCGGCAUGUUCCACCUGAUAUUCGGUAACGGCCAAAGCGCUGUCGUCUGCAACGGCCUCGGGGGUACUAGUUUAAUAAAUGCCAAUGUGUAUCUGGAGGCGGAUGAUGAGACUCUCCAACAGGAAGCAUGGCCAAAGGAGAUAAGGGAUCGCAAAGGCUGUCUGAAGCGAUACUAUGAAAAGGCAGCCGAGGUCCUAGAACCAGAGACGUACCCUGAGGACUGGCCAAAAUUACCGAAGCUUGAACUCCUCAAGAAACAGGCAGCUUGUUUGAGUAUGGAAGACAAGUUUAGACGGGUGAGGCAGACUACACGAUUCCGGAACGGGCCAAAUAGUUGUGGCGUAGAGAUGUCGCCUUCGGCUCUCACCGGCCAAGAUUGCACCGGGUUAAACGACGGCUCGAAGAAUACCACUCUCGUCACUUAUCUAGCCGACGCGUGGAAUUGGGGAACUGAUAUGUUCUGCGAAGUGGAGGUGCGAUACAUUGCCAAAGCCCCCAGUAACCAACCCGGGUACAUCGUCUACUUCGCUUGGCAUGGUCGCAAUCGUGGUCAUUUCAAGGCCAACCUGCACGGCGACCUUAUGUGGGUUCACGCGAGGAAGGCCGUGUUUCUCGGCGCCGGCGCCAUUGGUACUACCGAGAUUCUCCUCAGAAGCAGAGACAUGGGCCUCGAGUUGAGCGACAAAGUCGGCCAGAAUAUGAGCGGGAAUGGCGAUAUAUUUAGCUUUGGGUAUAACGUAGACGACGAAGUGAACUCGAUGGGGAGACCGUUCCCGUCUCCUUACCACCCUAUCGGGCCCUGCAUUACCGGCAUCAUCGACAAUAGAGAAGGCCAUGAUAACCCUCUAGACGGCUACGUGAUCGAGGAAGGCACCGUCCCGGCAGCCCUCGCGCCGUUCUUGCAAGCCAUGCUUGAGCUAUUGCCUGGGAGUAUCGAACCGACGGGAGAAGGCUUGGUUGACAAGCUGAAGGCGAAUCUUGCUCGUGUUGGCAGCGCGGUCCUAGGUCCAUACUUCCGGAAGGGGGCUAUAGGGAAGACCCAAGUGUACCUGAUCAUGUCUCAUGAUACCAACCAGGCAUACCUGAGUUUGAAGAACGACAAGCCGGUCCUUGAGUUUAUAGGCGUCGGUCGCAGCGAUCACGUAGGAUACCUAAAGCAAGUGCUAGAGAAAGCUACAAAAGCUGUUGGCGGGACAUUUGUCCGGAAUCCCUUCGACGCUUUGAUGGGCGAGCAGCAAGUUACUGUCCACCCGAUUGGCGGUGCCUGCAUGGCUCGGGACGGAACUGGUUCCACUGGGGUCACAAACCACCAGGGCCAGGUAUUCACCGGCUCGGGCACUGAGGUCCACUCGGGUCUCAUCGUCACAGACGCAGCCGUCAUACCAACUGCUCUUGGUGCGAACCCGCUUGCGACGAUCACGGCUCUGGCCGAAAGAUCCGUAGAUCUCUACGCCAAGGAGAACGGGCUCGAGAUCAAGACGACGAAGAAUGAGACGCUCGAUCUCUUCGGCUCGCCUCAACAUUCGCACCAUCGCAGCAACCGGGGGUGGAAAGACCGCGUCGAAGAUACGCAGGAGAAUGCCAAAAUAAUCAGCGCUCAUACCACGAUAGAGACUGCUCGUCGCAUGAACGAUGCCGGCUUCGGUUUUACGGAAGUCAUGUCUGGCUAUAUCCAUCGAGACAGAGGCCUCAAGCGUGACAACAUCGACACCUACGAGUUGGCAGCCAGGACGGCGAAAUCCCUCUCCGAAACGGCACGAUUCUUCUUGAGCGUGCAGUCCUUCAACAUCCGAUCGAUUGUACACGACCCCAAUCACAAGGCGCUGCUGACCGGCACCUUCGUCUGUCCCACCAUUGAGGGAUCUCCUUUCAUGGUCCAACGGGGCGAUUUCAACUUGUUCUUACUCGAUCGCAAGGCACCCGGGACGCGAAAUCUAACGUACGACUUCGACAUGCGCGGCAUAAACGGAAGGAAACUCCAUUUCCAUGGAUACAAGGUCGUCGACUCCUCGGUCGCAUUGUCGCCGGCUCAGUUCUGGAGGUCGACUACCACCCUCUACGUCACCAUCACCGAGCCUCUGCCAGAGUCCCUGCGCCGAUGCGCCGACGCGGACGAGUGUGGCCUCCUGGGGGAUAUAGUUGCGAGAGGCAUCAUGCGUAUCCGACCUGAGGACUUCGUGUCUGAGGCCAUGACCCUCACCCCUACCGGCAGCAGCCUCCUCCAGAAGGCGAUAAGCGCAGGCAAUUUCCUCACCUUCUUCACGCGGAAGUCAUUGUCACUUCUCCUUUCGCCGCUCACGCCGCUGCAAUACCCUAGCCAGACCUACACCGGAUUCGUAAACAACACACCGCCGACCACGACAUACAAGAUCAAAGCGCGAGACGGCGUCGUUACCAGCCUACAUAUGUGGGAGCCCGAAAACCCCAUGAUCGAACCUAAGAAUUUGUUCAUGGUCCCCGGCGCUUCGGUCGACCACCAGAUCUUCGCGCUCCCCACCAUCCGGUACAAUGCCGUGAACUACUUCCGCCGCGCCGGCUAUCGUAUAUUUGUGCCGGUACACCGUAUCGGUAUGUUGAUGGUGGCGCAGGACGACUGGACGACCUUUGAUGCGCGCCUCGACCUCAAGGCCUGCUUGGAGAAGAUACGAGGGGACUUCCCCGGCUCUGAUGGGGAGCCCGAACCGACUUACAUCAUUGCACACUGCAUGGGGAGCGUGGCGCUCUCUACCGGCCUCCUCGACGGUACCAUACCCGGAAGCUGGGUCAAGGGAUUGACCUGCAGCCAAGUGUUCAUGAACCCUAUAUGGAACACGAUGAACAUGAUCAAGAUCAUGGCGCUACCGAUUCCCGCUGACCGCCUCUAUCGACUUGUGGCGGGCGACUGGUUCAGUUUCAGCACGGGAAAGAAUGACAGCCUUCUUCAGAAGGCCUUCAACGAGCUGCUGCGGCUGAUGCCGGACGAGCGCAAGGAGCUCUGUAACAACGCGAGCUGCCACCGGUGCACCUUGGCGUUGGGGCGAUGCUGGAACCAUCGGAACCUCAACGAGGCGACGCACCGGCAGAUCGACCGCUUCUUCGGGGGGGCGAGCAUGACGCUGAUGCACCUGCUGAUGAAGCAGGGGGUCGCGGGCGGCGUGAUGGGCAACGGGCCACUGUUCGAGCGGCUCGACACACUGGACAACAUCCGCCGGCUCAAAGGGAUCCCGAUCAUGCUAUUCGUCGGACGUGACAAUGCCGUGCUAAGCCCCGAGAGCACGGAGCGGACGUACGAGAUUCUUAUGGACGCGUUCGGGAUGGGCAAGGGCGGCGGCGACAACAUGACUGUCGCUGGGGCGUCCGGGGACGCCGCGGGCACGGGCAAUACCGCAGGCAAGAGCGCGGGAAUACGGUACCACCGGCGGGUCGUGCCCGGGUACGGGCACCUCGACUGCUGGAUGGGGCGCAAUGCUUGGAAGGACGUGUACCCGUUCGUCCGCGAGGAAGUCGACCGCGUGGUGCGCGGCGAAAAGUACCACUUCCACGAGCCGAACGACCACUUUAAAAGGCUAGUCGACAGCGGAAAGCUGCUGUACUAGAAUCGAGGGCAGCACACAUCUAAACGGGGUAGUAUGCAUACUGGAUGGCUGGAGUUGUAUGCGAUAUGUUAGAAGAUGGGAUGGUUAGACUGGAGUUUGGGGGCUUGGCGGCUUAGGGGGGAAAUGGGGUUCCGGUGAUAUAUACCCAUUUGAUAUAUCUAUUGUUUUCAUACCUGGUUAGCUUGAUGCCGCCUUGAGAAACCGCAGCUUUCCCUCUU